AAAAAUACCAUAGGGGGAAAAAAGAAGAAAAAAAAAAAAGUAAAUUCUGUGCCGAGAAAGACGUGACGUUGGAUUCUUGUUAAGGUGGGCGAUUUCAACAUCCCCUCCUCCUCCUCCGCCCUCGGCUUCUCAGUUCUCACCAUUGAUUGAUUUUGUUAUUACUACUAGGGGACUUCAGGACUUGCGUUUGAUCGUCUUCUCUUUCUUGACAUCCCAAGAUUUUUUUUUUUUUUUUGAUGGGUUGUCUUUGUCCCUUUUAGCUGUUCUCUUCAAGCUGAAAAAUUUGUGUUAGCUUUUGUGGCUUCUUUGGGAGUUUUUUUUUUUUUUUUUUGGUUGUUGAAGAUUUCAUGCAAAUGGAGGCUAAUGGAGACUGCGAAGAGGAACAUAAGUUCACUCUCGACAACUAUCAUGUCUUGGAGCAGGUUAGGAGAGGCAAGUCAUCUUCCGAUUUCGUGGUUCUUCAUGAAAUUGAAGACAAAAUGUAUGCAAUGAAGAAGAUCUGCCUUGCUAAACACACUGACAAGUUAAAGCAAUCCGCUUGCCAAGAGAUGAAAUUGCUCUCAAGUUUAAAGAAUCCUUAUAUCGUGCAGUAUGAAGAUUCUUGGAUUGACAAGGACAAUAACGCCUGCAUUUUUACUGCUUUCUGUGAGGGAGGGAACAUGGCUAAUGCUAUUAAGAAAGCGAGAGGAAAGUUAUUUCCAGAGGAAAGAAUCUUUAAAUGGUUGGCACAAUUAUUACUGGCUGUUAACUAUUUGCACUCAAACCGUGUAGUUCACAUGGAUCUAACGUGCUCAAAUAUCUUCCUACCGAAAGAUGAUCACAUACAGCUUGGUAAUUAUGGUCUUGCGAAACUUAUAAAUCCAGAAAAGCCAGUUUCUAUGGUUUCGGGUAUUCCUAACAGCAUGUGCCCUGAGGUAUUAGAAGAUCAACCCUAUGGAUACAAAUCUGACAUAUGGUCGCUGGGUUGUUGUAUGUAUGAAAUUACAGCACACCAGCCUGCGUUUAAAGCUCCGGAUAUGGCUGCACUUACCAACAAAAUAAACAGAUCCCUUAUGUCUCCUCUUCCAAUUGUCUACUCCUCUACCUUGAAACAAAUGAUAAAGCUUAUGCUUAGGAAGAAACCAGAGUAUCGCCCAACAGCCUGUGAACUGUUAAGGAACCCAUGUCUACAACCGUACCUUCUUCAAUGCCAAAACCUGUCGCCUAUUUAUCUUCCUGUCUUCCCGAUUAAGUCAGUAAGCCCAAAAGAUAAAGCAAGAAGAAACUCAUUGCCUGGGAAGUUUGGGAAGGAAAGAGAUUCCAGAGAGAAGAGCGAGGUCUCCCGCAGUUUGGAAAAUCUAUACCCGUUCUGGACGAAUGCAGAGACUGGAUCUAGCAGCUCAUCACAACCAGCAUCAUCCGCAAAUGGUGCAGAAGAUAAACUUGUUACAAAAAGAAUCGAUCCAAGCUGUGACACAUUGACGGUUUCUGAGUCUACUAGCCAUAAGUCGGAUGAGGGAUUAGUCGAUCCUGAGAUUGCAAUUUACUCUACAGAAAAGCAAACCGAAGAAAAUGCUGUGUCAAAAGAAACUGAAAAUAUGUUCUCUGAGGAAUCUCAGUUACUUGAUGUUGAUGUUGGGGUUGUGAGUGCACAAGAAGUAAUAUGUUCCCCUCCAAGAGCCAUCGAAGAAGCUGAAACUCAGGAAGCAGUACCUGAGCCAAAGGAACAGCGAACUGUGUCCAUUUCAUCUACUGAAGUUCCAAUAGAAAAAGAGUCUGGAAGCCUGAAGGGCGAUGAAGCAAAGAUGGUGAAACUAACAGCGAGUGAAAUGUCAUCAGUACUAAGUAAGCUCACAAAACUGGGUCCGCCGCAAAGUAAAGAAAGGGCAGAUGCAUUAGAGUGUUUAUUGGAGAAAUGUGCAGGGCUUGUAAAGCAAGAGAAAUAUGAAGAACUUGCUGGUUUGCUUACACCAUUUGGGGAAGAUGGUGUCUCGGCUAGGGACACUGCAAUUUGGUUCGCAAAGACACUCUUGUCUUCAGACAAACUCAACUAAGCAACCUGAGUUUGAGUUUGAGAAAUGUUCCCUUUUUUGUUAUUUGUCAAAUAUGUAUAAAUGCCUUCUUUUUCAUCAGUUUUCAAUCUAGUUUGUGAACAAUCAAUUUAUUUGUUGUCCUAUGUAAUAUUUUACUCGAACUAAGUUCAAGAUUUAUAUGUGAGCUAGUUUUCUCAUACUA